ACACACACGUCUCUCAUCUCUCACUGUAGAUGUUCAGUUUCGCUCAGUGCUACUGCUAACUUAUUUACUUAUUUAUUUUCUUUCUUUAUCAGUUUCUCUCUCAGCUCCUUCCUUCCUGUCUCAGUUCUGAUGUAGUGGUGAAGUUUGUUGGAGGUGUUUGACGGUCAGGUCCCCAGUGUGAGCUCGAUAAACAAGCAAAACUUUGAGUACGAACGCAAAAGAAAACAGUAAACAAACUUUUCCAGACAGAAUGACUUUGAGCAGCAGAAAUGGACCAGUGGAACAGUUCAGCUGUGUGACUGUAGCCACGCCUGAUGCAGUGAUUAGCGGCGUUGCGCUGACUGGAUUAGCUUAAUGGAAGGUGGCAGAAGGUGAAGUGGUGUCCUGGGUGUCUCUGGUCUUUAUCUGAGAGACGCUGUCAGGUGCACAGCUACGUUUCUGCGCAGGUGAGCGAGCGGUGAAAUAUGUCGAACCAUGUGUACUGUGAUCGCAUGCUUCCUCAUACGCCAGCUCAUUAAGUUUGCCAUCGCCGUUCUGACCACGCCGAAAGCGUCCACACGCAUCACUCCUACGCCGACCGAGGGUCUGCAGCCGCUGGAGGAGAAAGGAGACACAGAAAGUAAACAGGAGCUGGUCAACACCUGAGAAACACACACAGGUCUAACUAAAGGAGCGUCCAUAAGGAGGAGGUGUCCCAGCACAUCUACACCCCUGCAUCCUGUCUGCGCUGGAUUUAUUUAUAAAUCAUCAAGGGGGGGAGGCUGAUAGAACCCAGAGCAUGAAGCCCAGCUGCUGAGACGGCGUUCACACACACUCCGCUCACCCGGCUGGAUGUGUGUGUUCCUUGCCGGAGUCCAGAGCCGAAAACACCACGGCGGCCUCCCGGAGCCCAGCGGAGAUGCCCACCGAGACGCUGCCGCCAGAUAGCAAGGCGUUGGGCGCUGGUGGUGCCGUGGCCUCGGCCGUACCUCUCCGAAUAUUAAACAAAGGUCCUGAAUAUUUCAGAAGAGCCACAGAACCCAACCCGAAGCGCCUGAGUGCUGUGGAGCGACUUGAAGCUGACAAAGCCAAGUAUGUCAAGAGCCAGGAAGUGAUAAAUGCAAAGCAAGAACCGGUGAAGCCUCAGGUUCUCGCAAAGCGGAGCCCAGGGGUGAGUUCGGCUCUUAAAGCCUCCAAUAAUAACGCCAAAUCAGACACUUGCGCCAGCUCCAAGCGUGAAAAUCUCAACCUGGAGAUCCUGAAGAACCUGCUCAACAGCUCAUCAUCAGCAGAAGGACCUGCUAAAAGCUCAGUGGCGAGGAGCUGGGCACCAGAAUCCGGGCAUCGCUCCUUUCCUGAAUCCUUAAAUGUCCCAGCUGCAGCCUUUCAUGGCCGGAAAAGCCCCCAGAACCUGAACCUAAGUCGUGGACUUAUGGAGAACCACGGGGCUGAGGGCGAUCGAUUACCACUCCAUGCUUCUCAGAGUUCCUCGGACAUUCGGCGGCUGUGUAACGGAAAGCCAUUCCGUUCGGGACGCAGCAGCAGCAGCAGCUCAGCUCCUCCGCUGCCCCCGAAACCAAGUGCAAAGGCUCUAGGAAUCUCUGACCACAUGAAAUGUCCAGCUGAAACGGAACUGGAAGCUCGUCGGCCCUCGCUGCAUCGUUCUAAAUCAGACUUGAGCGACCGCUUGGCUCGGUCUGGCGCAGAUGCAGAGAGGUUCUUUAACUACUGCGGCCUGGAACCAGACCAGCUUGAGGGUUUUGUUGAAGGCUUCGGUCGUGCCAGCUCUGAUAUCGUAUCACUGAACUUCCGUAGUGCCAGCAUGAUCAGCUCGGACUGCGGCCGCUCACGACACACCGACGACAACGACGACCUUUCCAAUGAAGACGAGGAUGAGGAGGAGCGAGUCCCCUAUGGAAUCUCUGCCGUUGAGCGCAACGCCCGCGUCAUCAAGUGGCUCUACAGCAUCAAGCAGGCACGAGAAUCUCAGAAAGUCUCGCAUGUUUGAGGUUUUGGAGACCAUGAACAAGCCACUCACGUAUCUCACUUCUGAUGAUACACUGUCUCUCUAUCUUUAAAGACUGACUGGAGAAACACAGCUGUUUGGAUUUCUUUAUAGGUUUAUUUUUUCUUUUUUAGUCGCUUUCCAUGUCUUCAGAUUCUGCAUGACCUCUUCACACAUCACAAAUACCCUGAUCUCCGGCUCAUCACGUGUUCAUUAAAAAGUGCUGUUUUACCGAACAGCUCUGACUCCGAGUGCGUUUAUCAUUCUUUUCUUUUCCGCCUCUGUCUGAUUUCCGUCUGUGUUUGACGCACUGAGCCAGGAAGCCAUAUGAGAAUGAAUGCAGUGCAUCAGUGUCUUUAGAUGUCUUUCCUUCUUCAGUUUUCUCUUUUCUUUUUUAAACGUGUGUGUGUUGCAGAAGCAUGUCUGAUCCAGAAACCUCUUUUCAAACACAAUAACGGCUUCCAUCAGGACGAUUUACGCACCACGUCGUGUAGUUUGGUUUGUCGUCCAUUCCACUCUGGUCGCGAUGGUACUUAUUGUUUUAAUGCGUGUACAUUCUGUAAGAUUAUGUAUAUAAUUUUGAAUUCUUUGUCAAAAGAAAAUCACAAAAAAGUAAAAGAAACAAAACAAAACCCUGGUGUUGUGUGAUGAAGAUCCUGCUGUGGUGUUCUAUCCUGUAGCUCUCGCUUUGCUCUCACUUUCCCUUUUUUAUUUGAUUUGUUUUUAUUCGCAUCGGCAGUCUGUGUUCAUGAUCGACUCUGUACAUCCCUCCUCUUAUGUUUCAAAUGUGAGCUAAUAUUCCACAUGGAGUUGUUCCUAAAAGAUUUAGUUAUUUUUAAUUAUUUCAAUAAAUGGCUAAUUCGCCAUCUUUUGCCAUCA